UAUUAUAUAAUCUUGAAAUUUUAUCAAGUAAAAUAUUACCAUUAUCAACAAAUAAUGGUAUACAUCAAAGUUCAAAGUUAUUUCGACAAGAUUUUAUUGAACAAUCAGGUAUUAAAUUUUUAUUUGAAUUACUUAAUUCAUUAAAUAAUUUAAUUCAUGAUGAAUAUCAAUAUUCAUUAUGUCAAGAAAUGACAAGACUUAUUUUACAACUUUUACAAUUAUUUAUUUGUGGUUGUAAACAACAAGAUAAUAUUAUUUCACCAUCAUCAUCACCAUUAUUACAGAUAUCACAAAUAAUUGAUGAUAAUAUGAAUGAUAUAAAUGAUAAUGAUUUUCAAGCAACUGUUGAACAUUUACGAUUUGAAGAAUUUGUUGAACAAAUAAAACAAUUAAUUUUUUUAUGUUGGGCAGCUGCAGCUGGAAAUAUUCAAUUACAUGGACAAAAUAUAAAUAUAAAAGAACAAAUCAAAUUAGAUCGUCAUGUAUUACUACAACAAAUAAAUGCGAAUGUUUUUAGUCGAAAUAGUAGAAAUUCUUCAUCAAAUGAAUUAUCAAUAAAUAAUGAUAUACAAAAAACAGUACAAUUUGGUAUAUGUGUGAAAAAAGAUUCAAUUUCACCAUUGGAUAGUGAAAUAGCUGAGAACAUUAUUGAAAUUAUUAUAUUUUGCUUUGAAAAACGACCAGAAUUCAUUGCUACUUUUCUUGUUCAAUCAUUUUUUGCUGAUUUUCUUUUGGAAAUUUUAAUUGGUACAAGAUCUCGUGAAGUUCGUCAAUGUGCAUUACGUAAUGUAAUUCGUUUAUGUAAAAUUGAAACAUCAACAUGUGAUAUACGUUUAAUAAUUCAUCAAAUAUUAAUCAAAGCACGUUUACCAUUAUGGUCAUCAUCAUGUGUUGGUACACGUAAUUCAAAUCAAAAAUUACUUGCACAAUCAAUUGAAUAUUUUGAUUUACGUUGUCAAUUAAUGGAAAAUUUAACAAAAGAAAAACAAGAUAUACUUGGUAUAAAUGCAAAAAUAUUAUUAUCCAAUGAAUUUUCAUGGUUAUCAACAUAUACUAUAUCAUUAAUAUCAAAUGAACUACGUACAAUUGAUAAUGUAUUAUUUAUAGGUCAUUUAAAAUUUAUUCGUACAUUAUUAACAUGUGAAAAUAUAAAUAAAAAUAAAAUUGGAAUUGAUUUUAUUCGUUUACUUAUUGAUCAAUUUUUAUUUCCAGCAUCAAAACAUAUGUCAUUACCAAAUGUAUCAACAAAUAAUGAAUAUGAUUUAAAUGAUAAUUCAAUAUUUGAACCAAAAUGUUCAACAAGUGAAAGUCGUCUUGCAGCAUAUGAUGUACUUGUAGAAUUAGUUCGACAUUGUCAAGCAAAUUUAAAAAUUGUUGUUGAUGAUCUUAUUAAUCUUCAUCAUAGACCUAUACUUGAAAAACAAUGUGAAUGGGAAUUUAUGCCACAAGUUAAUCCUCGAGCAUCAUGUGGAUUCGUUGGUCUUUAUAAUGGUGGUGCAACUUGUUAUAUGAAUUCUAUUCUUCAACAAUUGUAUAUGGUACCUCAAAUAUCAGAACAUAUAUUAAGUGUACAUGAUGAUGGUGAACAUAUAAAUGGAGUAAAUAAAACUAGUGAUUCAAGUUUAUUUUAUCAAGUUCAACAAGUUUUUGGUCAUUUAAUGGAAAGUAAAAUGCAAUAUUAUUCACCUGAAUCAUUAUGGAAAGUAUUUCGUUUAUGGGGUCAAGAAAUAAAUGUCCGUGAACAACAAGAUGCCUUUGACUUUUUUACAUCAAUGACUGAUCAAAUUGAUGAAUAUUUAAAAAGUAUAAAACAAGAAGAAAUUUUUCAUAAACAAUUUGGAGGAAUUUUUUGUAAUCAAAUGAUAUGUAUAAAUGGUUGUAAUCAUCGUUAUGAAGGUGAAGAAAAAUUUAUGGCAUUAAAUGUUGCUGUUAAAGUUGAUUCACUUAAUGAAUCAUUAAAUCAAUUUGUUAAAGGUGAAGUACUUGAUGGAAAUAAUGCUUAUUUUUGUGCUAAAUGUCAAGAAAAACGAACAACAAUUAAACGAUUAUGUAUUAAAAAAUUACCACCAUUAUUAUGUAUACAAAUGAAACGUUUUGGUUUCGAUUGGGAAAAUAAUCGUGCAUUAAAAUUUGAUGAUUAUUUUAAAUUUCCUAUCAUACUCAAUAUGGAACCAUAUACAUUAGAAGGUGUUAAUAGACGUGAAAGUUUUAUUGAACAUGAUGAUUUAGUUACUAAUACAAAUGGAUGUUCAACUAUUAAUUCAUCAUCAACAACAAUAGGUAUAUUUGCUUUUCAGCUACUUAUAAAGCAAGAUGUUUUUUUAGACAGUUUAAAUAAUAUUUAA